AUUAGGGGUUCUCACCGAAAGACGAACUAAAUGUUUAUAGUGAUUAAUGAAACAAAAGUAUAUUUAUUUUUCAACUCUCAGUUUAAGAUACGGUGCUGUCAAACGUUUGCUAUUCAUGUAGUUAGUUUUUAUUAGCAGCCCUGCGAGACACAGUGCGUCUUUUGAACAUUAUUUGUAAUCAGGCAACUUGGUGAACUACUAAUACAGAUUGUUUGUACGCUUAACAUGAAUAAAAUUAAACAUAACAUUUGUAGUAACUCGAAAGUCCGCGACUGUAAAACGUAAUUACAUUAAAUGGUGAUAUAGCCACGAGAAUGGCAAUAUUACCGCAAUUUAAUUGUCGGAUAUGUUACUUUGAUUCAAUACUUUUUGUUUAUUCCGCACACACGCUAGUUAUCUGAUAUUUUACAGUUUGUGCUUUUAGCGGCCGUUCGAAAAUCAGCUUAACAGUAAACCUGCUGUUAGUUUCCUCUACAAUGGUAGUAGAGGUGGAGAGCUUCUUUGGUGUGUACAUGCUGUACUGCAUCAACCCGAAAUUCAAAGGCUGCAUCUACAUUGGCUUCACUGUGAACCCCGAGCGCAGGAUCGGACAGCACAACGCCGGACGGCACCGCGGAGGAGCCAAGAGGACCAGCGGCAGAGGACCGUGGGAGAUGGUCCUCAUUAUACACGGCUUUCCCUCUGAUAUUGCUGCCCUGAGGUUUGAGUGGGCGUGGCAGCAUCCUCACUCCUCCAAGCGUCUCUCCCACGUCUCUCGGCGCUCCAGAAAGGAGUCGAGCCUGCAGUUCCACUGGCGCGUCGUAUCCAACAUGCUGCGGGCGGCGCCGUGGAACAGGCUGCCGCUGACGGCCCGCUGGCUCAAGCAGGAAUACAGGAUGGACUUCGAGCCCAGUCUGCAGCCUCCUCUGCACAUCCCCAUCGCAUUUGGGAGCGUGAGAGCCAAGAAGAAGCUGCCGUUGCAGUCUUCUGGGGAGGAGGAGGAGACAUCCAGGUGCUUCCUCUGCAGAGGUCUGGUCAAGGUGUCGGAGAAGCUGAGCUGUUUCCACCCGUCCUGUGGGAUGAGCAGUCAUGUGAUCUGCCUAUCUAAGCAUUUCCUGAAGUCAGAGCCAUCCCACCUCCUGCCUGUGGAGGGCCAGUGUCCAGCCUGUCGUCGCUCAGUGCUGUGGGGGAGUCUCAUCCGUCAGAAACACGGCUGUUUUGGAGACCUGGAGGAGUUCACACCGUCUGCAUCUCAAAGCCACUGGGCAGAUGAACUGCAGAUGUGAGGGAGUGAACUUAUUAUUUCCUUCUUAAUGAACUGUGGAGCCACAUGACGCUGUCAUAGAGAAUUAUUUAGAUUAUGUGUAAUUCCUUUUCAAACUGAACAGUAAGCUGUCUGUGUAUAUAAUAUAUCUGUACAGGUCCAACAUCUCUCAGGAUCCACUGUAACCACUGGCUAUGUUCCAUUUUUAUCUGAUCAUUAUCAUUAUCAUCUGAUCAUGAAGUAUCUUUUUUUAACCAUAUGUAUACGUGUUUAAUGUAUUGAAUAUUUGUGGGAAAAAACAUUUUUUAAUGCAGUUUGUGACAAAUAAAACAAGAAUGUUUUGUACUGUG